CCGAAGAAGAAGAGCACGUGUUUCCGGUUUUCCUCGGAGAGAAGUGUUUGUGAGGUAACAGAGAAAUAAAAUGGUGCGUAAAUUAAAAUAUCACGAGCAGAAGCUGUUGAAGAAGGUAGACUUCAUCAACUGGGAGGUGGACAACAACCUGCACGAGGUGAAGGUCUUACGGAAGUAUCACAUCGAGAAGCGCGAGGACUAUACAAAGUACAACAAGCUGAGUCGGAACAUCAGGGAUCUGGCGCAGAAGAUCAGAGACCUGGAUGAGAAGGAUGGCUUCAGAGCUCAGAGCACACACCGCUUCCUGGAAAAGCUGUACAGCAUCGGCCUGAUCCCCACCAGACAGAACCUGUCGCUGACAGAGAAGGUCACGGCCUCGUCCUUCUGCAGGAGGCGACUGCCCAGCAUCAUGCUGAACCUCCGCAUGGCUCAGAACCUGAAGACGGCCAUUACGUUCAUCCAACAAGGACAUGUUCGUGUCGGCCCGGACAUCGUCACAGAUCCAGCUUUUCUCGUCACAAGAAAUAUGGAAGAUUUUGUCACCUGGGUGGACUCGUCGAAGAUCAAGCAGCACGUCCUGAAUUAUAAUGACGAGAGAGACGACUUUGAUCUGAUAGCGUGAAUGGGAAUGAACUGUGCUGCGAAGACAACAGAAGAGGAGGAAUGCUUUAAAUUCCAACAGCACAGACUUACGGACUUCUGGGCAAACGUUUACUGUAGAGUCCUUCUGGAUAUGAAGGAUGAAUGCUGCCACAUUCAGCAUGAAGCGGUCUUUAAAAUGUAGAACUCCUGAGUCCUGGCUUUAACAUUAGGACCAGUUAAUGGGCCCUGAUUUCCUUUAAUUUGGGUAAUCGGCUGAUACUUACAGAGCACCUGAAUAAUUAAAAAAAAUAAAUUAUAUCGGCCAAAAUCUGAAUCGGCAGAUCAGGUUGACCUUAUGGACCCAUUGACUCACAUGUAAGUGUCUUUCCUUGUGAUAGUUAAGGGGUAAAAGAUCUGUGAUCAGCCAGAAAUCCUCAAUCGGUGAAGCCCUGUUUAAAAUACCUCAGGAUAAUAAUUUAAUUCCAGAACUUUUUUUUGGAAAUAUAAAAAAAAAUUCUGAUCCUUUUAGCUCAUUUCUUUGCUUCGAAUCACACUAUUCUAACCCGUUUCUCACCUCAUGGUAAAAAUCCAAGUCCUUUAUUUUGGUUGUGUUUUUAUUGUGCAUUGUUAUGAACAAUUUUUGAAUUGUUCAUAACAAUUCAAAAAUGCACAAUAAAGUGUUUAUUGGGAUCAGUAAAUAAAUGUAUUUUCUGAAAGAUGCUGAUUCAUUAGUAGUAAACUUUCUGACAGGAACCUUGUGAACGUGACCAACCAGGAACUGAACCGGGUCUGAUUUUCAAAGUACAGUAAGAAAAAGAACAUGUUUAGGUAUUGAAGUCAGUAACAGUGGCUGGUUUCCAAAUGAAAGUUACUGUUCAGGUUUGAUUUGAUGUAGUUUUCAAGUUGUUUAAUUAAAUUUUGUCCCUUAACUUAUUGCACGAAAAAAAAAACACUUGUAAGAAAGUAAACUACAAUUUCUGAACAUGCAGUUAGGAGGCCAUUGUAAACUACAUUAAGUAUUUCAUUAGUAUCUCUAGAUAAACUAGGAAGUUAUUAGAAAGAUUAUUCUAGUAAUUCAGGUUAAAAAAGGUGAAACCUAAAUGUGUUAUGGAUUCACUUCACUGUGAAAUGUUUCAAGUAUUUGGAUUCAUUUUGAUGUUUGACUGAAAUGGAAUUACAACCCAAACUUCACGAGUCGUGAACCUGGUUUUGUAUUUUGAGCAUUUUGUACUUGUUUUCUCUUUUUUUACUGCUUUAGAAUAUACAUGCUUUUUAUUAUAAACAGUUAAACCCA